UCCUUCGCCGCCCUAUAAACAAUCCCCUCCUCCCCUCUCCUCCUCCCACAAAACCUCUUCAGGUCUUUUUGGGGCUUCGAAUUUUAGGGUUUUAAUUUAACUUUUUGGGCCUUUUUUCCGAGGAGGAAUCAUGCUCGUCUACCAGGAUCUCCUCACUGGUGAUGAGCUCCUCUCAGACUCAUUCCCCUACAAGGAGAUUGAGAAUGGGAUGUUGUGGGAAGUUGAGGGGAAGUGGGUGGUUCAAGGAGCCGUUAGUGUAGACAUUGGUGCAAACCCUUCUGCGGAAGGUGGGGAAGAAGAUGAAGGGGUUGAUGAUCAGGCUGUAAAGGUGGUUGAUAUCGUCGACACCUUCAGGCUUCAGGAACAACCUGCUUUUGACAAAAGGCAGUUUGUUACCUUCAUGAAGCGCUACAUCAAGAACUUGACGCUCAAAUUGGACGAGGAGAAGCAGGAACUUUUUAAGAAGCACAUUGAGGGGGCCACCAAGUUCUUGCUCUCGAAGCUCAAGGACUUCCAAUUUUUUGUCGGCGAGAGCAUGCAUGACGAUGGUGGCUUGGUAUUUGCAUACUACAAAGAGGGAGCAACUGACCCGACAUUUUUAUACUUUGCCUAUGGAUUGAAGGAGGUCAAGUGCUAAAGAUGAUGAUGACCCUCUAUUUCCACAUCCAAAGUGGAUUAUAGUCCUUGUUAAGUUGAUAUUUCUCUCCUUUUUUUGCCUCAAGAAGAUGCUGCUGCUUUUAUCGGUUUUUUUUUUCUUCUUUUUUGCCUUUUUGCUCUUUAUGCAUUGAACUAGUUUCAAUGAGUGCUUGUUUGAUCUCGGUUUGGUGUUUUUAUUAAUUUGAGUACUUGAUGAGGAUUAAUACUUUCUUGCACUUUCUGAA